AUGUUUCAUUCAAUCAAAUCUCUGGAAGAUUUCCUCAAGAUCCCUGCCAUCUCUGGAGAAAGCUUGAAGUCAUUUAUCUUUUCAACAACCAGAUUUAUGGCCAAGUCCCGUCUAGUAUCUCACACCUGUCUCAUACUCACAGGAAGUCUUCCUAGUGGCUUCGGAAACUUAUCAGCGCUUCAACAGUUGGAUUUGGACAGAAAUAGCUUGACAGCUACGAUGGGAAAUGGACUUCCCAAUAUAGAAAGUGUUUAUUUUGGUGGUAAUCAAUUCAGUGGACUAAUUCCAAGCUCUAUAGCAAAAGCCUGGAAGCUCACAUUACUUUAUCUUUUCAACAAUAUGUUUAGUGGAUAUGUACUAUUGGAUCUUGGCAACUUGCAACACCUCGAUUCUCUUCGCUUAGCAAAGAAUCAGUUGAAAAACGAUCCAUUUUUUCUAGAGUUAGAAUUUCUUGUUCCUUUGAGAAAUUUUUCUAGUGGCAUCAAAGGCACUAUUCCAAGAGAAGUUGGGAAUUUGGGCAAUUUAUGGUUGUUAAGCAUUGGAGGAAAUGACUUGACAGGAUCAUUGCCUCAAGCACUUAAAGACUCGAGGAAGAUGCAAGCCUUGAACUUACACUGUUGUAAAUUUCAAGGUUCGAUACCAAAAAACUUUUGCAAUUUUACAAAACUAUAUCAUUUAGAUUUGGGGGAAAAUAGGCUCUUUGGAGAAGUACCAGGUUGUCUAGGAGACAUUACAGCAUUGCGAGAAAUACACCUGGCAUUCAAUGGAUUCAAUUCGACUAUAACAUCAGCGUUAUGGAGUAACAAAGACAUUGAGAUACUGAAAACUUGUCUGACAAUAAUCCCAGUGGUUUUUUUGGCUCAAGAAAUUGGCAGGUUAAAGAGCAUGAGAGAACUGUAUCUAUCAGGGAAUCGGUUAUCGGGUGAUAUUCCUAGUACUAUUGGACAACUUCAAAGUCUGAUAGACCUAACAUUAUCCGACAAUAAAUUACACGGUUCUAUACCUAAGUCGUUUGUGAAUUUGCUGGAUUUAGAAUACUAA